AUGUUGAGCAAAAGGUGGAGUCCAGCUCGCAAGACCUCAAGUCACUUCGGUCCUGUCCGCACUCAAUAUCAGAGCCCGUGGGCGCGUGGAUGUUGCGGAUGGGAUGCUGCUCAGCAAUCCCAAUUUACAGCAGCGAAAGGGUUGCAGUCCAGAAGCGGAGCAAAUCCUUCUUCACCGGUGCGAUCGAUGGUAGCAGAUAUGCAAUGGGCGAUGGGAAGUAUGCAGAUCGCAGGGAUGUCGAGAAGCAGUCACGAUGUCCAAGGCCUCCACGUGCCUGGCGCAGGAGCCCUCCGAAUGGAUCAGGGCGGCCCUCAUCACUUAGCGCUCCGUCCAAGUGGCGGAUCGAAGUGGAGACUGAAGGACUUGAGCCAUGGCUGGACCGAGAGUGGAGAUGCAGAUCAACGGUUAGAUAAACCACGGGAGGACAGGAAUGCAUGUCAGGACAGUAGCUACUGUCACCCUGUAGACUCAUCGACUGUCGACCGCAGUGUCACGCGGGAAUCGCUCACCGGUCGGCCGUGGACGAAACAAGAUCGCCCAUUGCUUAUCGGGUGUAUCUACUACGCAGGUACACAUUGCGAGAUACAACCUUAUCGUUUGCUGCCCGUGAGGUACGCGAGACACACUCCUACAGUACGUAAUGGAGAGAGUGUGUGA